UAUAUACUUUUAUUUCUCUUCUUCUCUCCUCUCUGAGUUUCGAAUCGAGUUGAAGGAAUUAGGGUUUCGAAUCUCUUUCUCUCUCUUGAGGAUCUAUUAUUCCAUCAAUUGGUUUCUGAAUCUUGAUAAAAAGUUGUUCUUUUAGUUCCGGCAACUUCGUUUUGUGGGUUUUAAGCUUUCGCUUCAAUCUUUCAUCUCCCUGAUCAAGAGCCAUGACUGAGUAUUGGGUUAGCCAAGGGAACAAAUGGUGCGACUUCUGUAAGAUCUGGAUACAGAACAAUCCAACAAGUAUUAGAAACCAUGAGCUUGGUAAGCGUCAUAGAGAAUGUGUUGAUAAGAAGCUCACUGAUAUGCGUGAGAAGAGUGCAGCCAAAGAUAAAGAGCUCAAGAAAAACGAAAAAUUGCUUCAACAGAUCGAAGCUAAAGCAACUCGUAGCUAUCAGAAAGAUAUAGCAACUGCUCAGCAAGUAGCAAAAGCAAACGGUGCACCAGAGGAUGGUACAGCGGAGAAUCAUCACCAGAGAGCAAAACGGUUCCCUCUUUUGAGUCACUCUCAGGUUGGAUGCUUGACAGUGCUUCAGGCUAUUAUUACAACCAGACCAAUGGUCUGCACUAUGAUUCAAAGUCUGGAUUCUAUUACAGUGAUUCAAUAGGCCAUUGGGUGACACAAGACGAGGCAUACGCUGCGGUUAAAACAUCAUCUGAUAAAGGAACUAAAGUACCUCUGGUUAAAAAGCCUAUGGUACCUACUUCAGAAGCUGGACCAAGUUUGGUGAAACCACCUGGCCGCCUUGUCUCAGCUUCAUUAAACCCUAAAAGAGCUGUGAAAGGAGCUCCUUCAUCUGUUGAUCUUGGCAACAACAAGAGAAAGAGACAAGAUGAGAAACCGAAGAAAGUAUCCGCAGAAGAGAAAGCUGCAUUGAGGGCGAGAGAAGCUGCUAGGAAACGAGUUGAAGAAAGAGAAAAACCAUUGCUUGGUCUUUACAAUAGACCUUUUUGAUGCAUCACUCGGUAGAAGGGAGGCUAAGCUGAGAAGAGUUAUGGUUGAUCACAUUGUGGUGGUUAUUUCGUUUAUCCCUGCAUAACGUUUAUUCAAAUACUCUCUGGUAACACUCGGAGGGAUUUGUCUUAUGUUCUUCUAACUGUUGUUCACUUGUUCCAAUCAAAUCAAUUCCAUCUUUGUUGUACAAUUAUAUUCAAUUUUUUUUGUUAAAGUGAUGGAGUGGAAAUCCCCACAUUUUACCAGAA